AUGGGAUCUCAAUCAUAUGUCGACCCGGAAUGGGCCCAAUUCUCCAGCAACGUCCCCAUUCCAACCUUGGUGGGCUCUCCAGUCGAGCUUCGCCAGAUGAUGGAGGGAAUCAAAGCCCUGCGCCCGUAUACCGAGCCCGUUGGGCACACGAUCCGCGAUCAGGCCAUCGACGCUUACCAGGGUGCCAAGGGCACUGUCCGGAUCUACACACCAGACGAGGUGCACAAGCCAGCGAAGACAAUCAUCUAUCUGCAUGGCGGCGGCUGGACCAUCGGCGAUCUUGUCUCGGAAGAUGGAGUGUGUCGACUUCUUUGCACGGAGACGAAAUCGAUAAUAGUCAGCGUCGACUACAGAAAGGCGCCUGAAAACCCAUUCCCCGUCCCCUUGGAGGAUGCCUGGGCGGGUGUGUUAUGGACAUUUGCAAACAUCGACUCACUCGGUGGUUCUGCCGACAAUGUCUACAUCUUAGGCAAUAGCGCCGGUGCCAACAUGGCUUCUGUCCUCACUCAAAGAGCCCGUGACUCAAGCUCAGGCCCGGUCAGAUUCAGGGGCUUGAUCCUGCGAAACCCCAUGGUGUGUCAUCCGCAGGCACAUCCCAAAGACCUCAAGUUCGACAGCUACAUCGAGAACAAAGAUGCUGCCCUUCUCUCGGCGGCCUCGGUUCACAACUUCGCUGACUUCUACAACCCACCUCCGAACGACACGCGGUUCUCAUCUCUUUUGACCGAAGAUUUCACCGCCUUGCCCCCUACAUACAUGCAGGUCUCGGGAGGCGACCCAUUGAGGGAUGAUGGACUCAACUACGCCCAGAAACUGGAAUCGGCCAGGUAA